AUGGUGAUGAUGAUUUACUCCGUGGGACCCGUAUCAGGGGGUCAUUUUAAUCCAGCAGUCACUACCACUUUCACCAUUUUUCGUCGGUUUUCAUGGAAACUUGCACCUUUAUACAUAAUAGCCCAGCUAACGGGGUCGAUUCUAGCAAGCGGUACAUUAGCACUAUUGUUGGACGUCAAUUCAAAAUCUUAUUUCGGUACAAUUCCAGUUGGAUCUAAUGGGCAAUCUUUGGCUAUGAAAAUCAUCAUUUCCUUCCUCUUAAUGUUCGUUGUUUGCGGAGUUUGUACAGAUGAUAGAGCGGUUGGACAACUUGGUGGAUUGGCAGUUGGAAUGACAAUAGCCUUGAACGUCUUUGUUGCCGGGCCAAUUUCAGGAGCAUCGAUGAACCCAGCAAGGAGGAUUGGUCCAGCGAUUGUGAAGCACGUCUAUAAAGGCCUUUGGGUGUAUAUAGUUGGGCCAGUCAUUGGUACUGUAGCAGGAGCAUUUGUAUACAACUUAAUUAGAUUUACAGACAAAACCCUUCUUCAACUAGUCAAAAGUGGGCCCCUUAUUCGAAGUUAA